AUGUCCGAGGGCCUUGUUCCCGCAUUCCAGGACACCCGUGGGCUCGCAUCCAUGCGGCGGGUCGUGGAGAGGGCGAUGCGUCAGUCGGAAGGAUACGCGGCGGGCUUCAACCACGCGGCUGCGAAAUGGAUCCAAGCCGAUGUGGUUGGAGCGGUCGAUAGAGGCAUCUCUGCGAACGACCUGCCGACGCACGUGUCUUACGCAGACUUCAAUACGGGCACAAACGCAUACUACCCUCAAAACCACCGCUACAGCAUGCCUGGCCACACCGACCACCCAACCUCGACGAGAACAGCGACUCCCGAGCCAUCAUCCGACCAUGGCUUCAUCACAGUCGCCGAGUUGAGGGCCACGGCCAUGACUGGCAUCAACAAAGUCGCCAAGAGACAGGCGAAACUCGAACAGAGACGUGCGGGAUCUGCAACUCCCUCGCCCGCGAGACUGGCGAGAUCAGUGUCGGUGGAAGGACACUGUGAGACAAAUCCAGAGAAGAAGAAGAAGAAGAAGAAGGAGGGAAAGAACAUUAGUCGUCAUGAUCGAGAUCGAGAUCAGACACCGCCGCAGCAGCAGUCCGCCAACACGCCAAGCGUCAGAAUGAGCAUCGAACACAGCCGCUCCCUCCACGACAGCAAUACGCUUGGGACUGUCCCGGUGAUUCACGCGAUCGCAUCGAGAAUGCUCCGGCAGUGGGGCGAGUUGCUGGGACGUGCUCUGCUGUUGUUUUGCGGGGUUUUACUGGGUUGGCAGAGUGCUACAACUCCAGUCAUUAAGGCAGCCGUCAAGGAAAAGAAGGCCACCUUGAGGACGAGAACGAAAUCUCCGGCGGCAUCUCCACAUCCUCUGUCCACCGCGCUACCUCCCUCACAUGCGCUGCAGGAUCAAGAAACUGCACAAGAGGACUCAUCACCAGCUCGUCAAACAGACUCCCUUUCCUGGACCCAAUUACUCACCCGCAUCAUCCGCAUCAUACUCAUCCCCGUUGUGAUCGUCGCUAUGAUCCUCCUGUGUGCGGGUACUGAUCAACAAAUAACCAAAUACAAGCCAGUCGACCGUCUCAUCACCGCCACCCACAUAACAGCUUCUGCGUUCGAGGACCUGCGAUACACACGGACCUGGAAAGCCAAAGGCUUUGAAACCGCAUGUCGAACAGUUGAGGCGUCCGCGGAGCUGCUCCGCUCCCCUGACCGGAAUGUCGUAAUUCGACAAGCUCGGAACGAGGAGGGUGUCGCCCUCACGCUGGAAGGCGGCGGUCAAUACGGAAUUGGGCGGGAAUUGGGCGGUCUGGGACUCGCGCUGACCAUGAAUCUCUUGGUACAUCAUCGACCUAACCCCUGCUUCUCCGAUUUGGAAAUCAGUACACCACAGAAGGUCCAACCAGGCUACGUCAAGAUCACGUUGAUGGUGCCGUCAAGCAUAGAACUAACCCGCGUCCGGGUCGAGAUUGCAGACACAAAGAUCAUCGAGAAGAAAUCCACCGACUUUGCGCUGUCUAAGAUUGAGGAAAUCAUCGAGGUCAUUCAAGAUCUACCCUCCAGCGACUGCCGCCAUCCUCCAAGGGCGCCGCGAAGGGUCCUCAUACCAAACCCGCCCGUACAGUGGAAGUCAUCGCUGGCAUACCGUGGCCCUGGACCUCGGAUCCGUACCCAGAGAGAAGUCAUUCGUGCCAUACAGAGACAACCUAUACCGCCUCAAGCUCCCGUCGUCGCCUUGACUCCCGUCCUCUUCGACCUCCUCCACCACCACCUCCUCCACCUCCAUUACCGCCGACGACGGCGGCGGCGACGAAAACCCAUCCCCCGCCUUAAGCGCCUUCCUCCCCACGCCCACAGCGCCACCGUCGCCGCCCUCGCCCGCCUUAGCGAGCUGAUUCCCUCCGCGCAGACCGCCCUCCAAGCGGGUCAACACGCCGACGUACGCCGCCUAUUGGGCGAAAGCCAAGAGUGGUGCGGAAAUGGAGACUUGGUGACGAUUUGGCACCAGGCGUUGCUGAAGGAGGAGAUGGGUCGGAGCGUGUUGGUGGAAGAGGAUCUAGAGCGUGCUCAUGUUGCGGCGGUGUUGCUCAAUCUUAGAGCUGAGGGCGGCGGUCGUAUCAUUUGGACCCUCCCAUCAUUACCGUACUCGAUCAGCAGUCCGACUCCUCGAUUGCGAACGAACGACCGCACCUAUGCAGAAGCAAACAUCUACCUGACCACCAAUUCAACGAGUCCAGCCGGACAUCAGCCAGGUCAUGCGCCAACCGAGAGAUACACUCGCUUCAACAUGGAGCUCCACAGAAAAGCGGCCGACGAGAAUGGAACGCCGAUUGAGUACAGAUCCGUCGUGGCGCGUAUCCAACAGUGCUCAUUGAGGCAGACUUACGGCCAGACACCACAAGAGAAGGAAUGGGAGCUGGCGUGA